GAGGGGGCGUGUAGGAGGGGGGGCGGAGGAGGUGGAUGGUAAAGCCCGGAGCCAGACCCAGACCCAGAGCCACACAGCCACGCUGAAGGGGACUAGAGUGAAGGCGUCCAACGGAGAUAACUACAUCAUCCUGGCCCCCAUAAACCCAGGAAGCCAGAUAUUGAGGCCUGUCUACCAGGACAACCAUGGUACGUUGGCAGGGAGGAUAUACCCGGGUCAGGCCAGCAUGCCCCAGACACAAGGGUCUGGCGGUGCCCCGCCUGGGGGUGUAGGACUAGCAGGCCGGACCACCUUCCUACGACGCUCCACUAAUGCCAAGAUGUCUAAGCCAUCCGAUGCCAACCUCUCUGGCCAACCCCCACCCAGCUACCAGCAGGCCCAGAGCUCCAACUUUGCUAAUUACCAGAACUGUACUAUAGUACGCUCCCAUGUACCACACGGCAACCCGCACAGCAACUAUGGCUACGUCAAAGCAGCACCCAAGAUCCUCAUCUUCCCCAUUUUUGUUCAGCCUCUGGACCUGUGUAACCCCACACGGACUCUGGUGGUCUCUGAGGAGAUGAUCCUCCACGAGAGCAAGCACCUCUCCAUUAAGGUGACCGUGUUCAUCUAUACAGACCUGAUGUUGGUGACCAGAGAGGAUGAACCAGGGAGAUGUAACGUCCUACAGAAUCCUCUAUAUCUCAGACAACUACGGCUACAGGACGAUCAUGCUGAAGAUCUGAGGUUCUAUCUCAUCCACAUGACUGAGAAGUGUGACUGCCUGCUCAGUCUGGAAGCAUACUCUGCCGACCAGAAGCGGCGUGUGUGUCAGUGUCUGAAGGACACCAUUGACAAGCAGCUCCAGCUCCAGAGGAGUGCGCCUUUCUACCCUCCUGCCGACCAGAUGCUGGAGCCCAAGGUGGACACCCCUCCAUGUGAGCUGGGAGGAGGACGAGGCCAACCCCUGCCACCUGGGUCUGAAGAGGACCACCUCUACCCCUACCCCUCCAGCCCCUCAGAGCCCCUGACCCUGGGCAGCCUGCACCCCUCUGAGCUUCUCACCCCCCUGGAGGAGGUUUGCACCGCGCUGGGCAACGGAGAGGAGCACAAGGUGCCCCCCACCCCACCGCCCUCCACCGAGGGAGAGGACAGCAAGAGCAUGGAGGGCACUGAGCCCGAGAUCUGGCGGGAAAGAGAGGAGGAGGUGGAGCAAGGGGAGGAGGAGAGGAAGGGUGAGGAGGAAGUAGAGAUAGAGAAGGGAGGGGAAAGAGAGAGGGAGGAGGAGGAGGAGGGAGGAGAUGUGAAUCCCCCGGUGACGGAUGACGAAGCCCCAUCAGACCCCCCCGACACCAACGCCCCCCCCUCCUCUUCCUCCUCCUUCGUCAUCCCCGAGCUCCGCCUAGAUCGCUCCUUCAGCGCCGAUGCCCUCUCCUCGCCCAACACCGACGAAGAGUACGAUGAGGAUGAUGAGGAAGAUGAAGAUGAUGAUGAGGAAGAAGAAGAAGAUGACAGCGAUGAUGCCUACCUAGAGCGCAGUGACAGUAAGCGCCGUAGCAUGGUGGAGGGCUCUGCCUGCGAGAAGCACGGUGGCAGGCUGAGUGUCCAGAACUCACUGCGGCGCCGCACGCACAGCGAGGGCAGUCUGCUGCAGGACCCACGCGCCACCGGCUUCACCUCAGAUAUCGCCAUCAACUGCCUGGACCCGACCCACGCCCACAAGGGGGGCUGGACGCUGCCUUCGCCCAAGACCCUGAAGAAGGAGCUGACCAAGAACGGAGGCUCCAUGCACCAGCUCUGCAUGCUCUUCUCUGGAAGGAAGCUCAGCGCCGGAUCCCCAUGCAGCUGUGAAGUUGGCCCCGACGGGUCCAAGAAAUCUAAGAAAUCCAAGAACCUGGCCAAAGACAUGAAGAACCGGCUUGCUUUCCUGAGGAGGAGGAAUGAGUCUCCCGGAAGCAACCCAGCCGGCAAAUUCGACAAGUCCUUGAAGUCAGUAAAGCCCACCCCGGAGGAGGCACUCAAAUGGGGGGAAUCUCUGGACAAGCUGCUGGCCCAUAAAUAUGGCCUGGCGGCGUUCAGAGCUUUCCUGCGCACAGAGUUCAGCGAGGAGAAUCUGGAAUUCUGGCUGGCAUGUGAGGAUUACAAGAAGAUUAAGUCGCAAUCCAAGAUGGCGUCCAAAGCCAAGAAGGUCUUUGCUGAAUACAUCGCCAUCCAGUCUUGUAAAGAGGUGAACUUGGACUCGUACACCCGAGAACACACCAAGGACAACCUUCAGAAUGUGACGCGCUCCUGCUUCGACCUGGCCCAGCGCAGGAUAUACGGCCUGAUGGAGAAGGACUCGUACCCCCGCUUCCUCCGCUCAGAACUCUACAUGGACUUAGUCAACCAGAAGAAGGCCAGCACCACGUCCACCUCCUCAUCGUCGUAAACACACAGAGAUUGAGAGAGAAAGUGAGAGACGACGACAAAAGAGAGAAGACAGAGACUUGAAAGCAGGGGGAGGUUGAUUUUUUUAUACGUUCGCCGUUUUGUUUCUGCCAUCUUCCUGUCCCACUAUAAUUUGGGUGUGAGAGAGACAGCAAGCUAGGCUGUGGGAUUGAGGGGGAUGUUGUUUACACAACGACCAUGAUGACGGGCCGAUUGUGGAUGGAUGAAAGGAUGGAGAGGAGAGCCCAGUCAGGACAGCUGGUCACAGUCAUGUGACGGCUGGACACUUCUCUGAUCACUCUCAUUGAUAAUUGAUCACUGUCUGUCUUUCAUAACGAUAUACAUUAAUUUGUCCGGAUGUACUGUAGAAAGGAUGGGGUGCUGAAACCUCCGCAGACAUGAAGACAGUCCGGUACUGUUUUGGCGCUUUUGUUGAUAUUUACCUUCUUCUUUUUUUUACACCCCCAAUCACCCUCCUCCUCCUCCUCCUCCUCCUCCUCCUCCUUUGGAGCCAGUUCAAAUGCUGUUGGUACGACACAAAGGUUUGUUUUGUCUUAGUUUCUCCAUGUCUCACAAUGCUUUAAAUACCAUUUCCAAACGGCUUGCGAGAAAAAGGAGAAACGUGAUAGCUGGAUCAAUGUCUGGAUGACUGGACGAAAAGCAGUUUUUGUCCGGUUUUGAAUAUUUUUUCUGUUCACGGUGUACACACAUCUCUCAAGCAUAGUCAGCAUCUGUUCUGUUCAGCACCCUCUCACAGGGUCUCACCUCAUCACAUUCAUCCAAGUAAUACAGCAAAAGACACUGAGAGACAGAGGGAAAGAAGAGAGAGAGAGAGAAAGAUGGAAAAAUACCAACAAUGGAACGGACCAAAACUGCAAAAGCAGAAAUGUGCCACUCUCACUCUAAAAGAUCUUGAAAAUCUAAAAAAGACUUGCUGCCUCCAAAGAACGUAGAAUAAAGAGAAGUAACACUUGACUGUGUUCUGAUAAGCAAUUCAUUGUAGCUCCACCUGGACUCAACGAGGCAGCAUUCUCAGGACAUUAAGGCACUUGACUAUGAAGCUUCCAUGCUUGAUUUUAUUGCUAUUCAUUUUCAGUAUACACAUAAAAUGUUUUUUUUUUUAAUAAUUUUAAGUUCAAACCUGCACUCCAUAAGUAUACUGAGCAAUACUGUUGGGAGGUUGCUCUUUUCAUACACAUAACAAAUACAAUAAAUGCUUCACCUGUACAAAGGUCUGCCUAUUUAUUUAGAUAUCUUGCUGGAUGCUUCACCCAUUGCACUCAGCUGAAAGCUCUCCCUUCCCCUAACCACGAACCAGGUCCACCGCUGUCCUGACUUUAAGUGCAAUAUGUUUUUGUUUAUUUUCCUUUUUUUCAAUUUUUAUCGGAAAGACAAUGUCUUGAGCUCUGUAUUAUAAACUUUAUUUGUAAGAGUUGUGUUGCAAAAUUCUGCUUUAAAGCUGAUUUACAGUUUAAGUAAAUAAUCAAGAAUAGAUACAUGAAUUAAGCAAGUCAUUCUAACUGUGUACCCUGGCAGCAGGCAGCUAGGGGUUAAGGAUGUACAUAUAAUUCUUUAAGAAAAGAAAGAAAAAAACUAAAAAAACAAGAGGUUUCAAUUGCAUUGAGCUGGAACCUGGCUGUAUCUAUGUAAAUAUGAGAGACUCAAAGCUAUAAGAUGACAUGUAUUGUUAUAAACAUUAGGAAGGUUGGCUACGGUCUGCCCUUUCCUGGUCAUACACUGCUUGUCAGGAGUUUUAUGAAAUGUGUUUGAUCAUUUUCAUUGUUUACAAUUCAAACGCAUCUCCCAAGACAAUAGAAAUACAUUUGGUGUUAUUGCUGAAAAUAAAUAAAACAACCAACUGGUGAAAUAAUUAA